CGAUUGAUUUCCCGCGAUUGUAGAGGUGUUAGUAUUUUGUAAUUUUUGGCGCAUUUUUGUUGCGUAAACUCAAUGAUAGUCUCAUUGAUUGUCAACUAAACGGUGACAACAAUUGACUGAUUCUUUUGACUUCAAAUAUAACGACAAAAAGUAAACAAAUAAUGAAUUUAAUCAACAGUUUAGUUGACCGACAAAUCGGUGGUCGAAGAAGUUGUCCACUCAUUGACUUUGCAUUUAAUAAACUUAGUCUUUGCGGUCAAUACGAGUUCAAUGAUUUGAAUGAUGUGGGGGCACCUCCUCUGGCAAUGGCUAUGAAUGAUGGACUACUAUCGGUGGCCAACGAUGGUGGCGAUAUGGCUCUUGUUAAUAGCCGCGAUAUGACUGUCCGCAAGACUUGGCGCGCACACAAUAAUGCCAUCUUCGACGUGAAGUGGAGGCCAUCAUCUGACGAUCACUUGGGAACCGCUUCGGGAGACAAGUCUAUUACCAUUUGGGACGUGAAUAAAGUUGAAAAGGUCUAUUCAUAUGAAUGUGCUCACAACGGAUCAAUUAAGUCGAUUGAUUUCAAAGAUCAGAAUGUGGUGGCCAGCGGUUCGCGGGACGGACUCAUUAAAAUAUGGGACUUGAGAUGCGGCAGAGGCGGAUCAGUUAUAGUGAUAGAAAACGCACAUUUGAGUCAUUUGCCAUCAUAUAAGUCAUCGCCUAAAGUGAGGUCACAGAAAUCAUCACCACUUAAUAGUGUGACCUGUGUUUCCUUUAAUAGUCACAAUGAAUACUUGUAUAGUAGUGGUGCUAAUGACGGUACCAUUAAGUUAUGGGACUUAAGGAAGUGUAGGCGAAAUAAAAUGAAUAAAACAUUUCCAGUUCCCAUCAAACAGUUAUAUCUGGGAUCCAAAAAAUGUUCACCGAGUCAUGGAUUUACUUACAUAACUUUUGCCUCAAAUAACCGAUUGUUUGCAAGUUGUAGUGAUCAUAGCAUUUAUGGUUUCUGUGGUGAUAUGUCUUUCCCAUCGGUUAAAUGCAUUGGACUUCAAGUUAAUAAUUUUACCCGAAUUAAUACAUUCAGAGAUAAUUAUCUUAUCAGUGGAUCAGUUGAUGGCCGAGCGUUCAUUUGGCCGAUUCACACGAAUCGAUGUACGUCUUUGAUGGAUAUGACUCCGAUAUUACCUAUAAAUGUAUUGCCACAUUCAGAUGAAGAAGUCACUGCAGUAUUAGCCGACAAUCAUUCAUACAGUAUAUAUACGUGUAGUGACGAUCAAAAGGUUAACAAAUGGUCGCUCUUCAACACAAAUGUUGAAAAAGAGAAAAAUAAUUCGAGUCAAGAAUUUGUUCCCAAUAGUGACCAAUUGAAGAUGAUUGAGGUUAAAGCAAACAAUUCUAUUGAUAUGAUUUCACACAAUAAUGGACAACCACUUUCAUCGCUUACCAAUUGGUUGGAGCGAUCGGGCAAACAGCACAUGACUCCAUCAAAUCCAGCCAAACGAAUGCGUUUAACUCAAAGUCUUCCCACAAAUAAGUCAAAAGAAAACCAUUCGAGACAUAAAUCAUCGAAAAGACAAUUAUUUAAUAAUAAUCGAAAAAUUAGUGACUAUUUUACCCCUUAA